AAGGCCCAACAAGGCCUCGUCCGUCAUCAGUUCACUGUCUUAAUUGAUCAUGGGUCUGCUGUUUUGAUAUCAAGAUAUUGGGUAUGCGGGUUGGAGUGGGAGUGGGGGAUACACAAUCAACCUGUUGAAAUAUCAUACCUAUAUUGGGAGCAAUGGAAUGUGUGACGUAAGGCAUGAUAUAUCCGUUAUAGAACACACCCAUAUAGCAUUGUAUAAUGUACACGGACGUUAUCUAGCCUUGACGUGUUACCUAUGUCAAAUGGUGUGUGUUCUGUGGCUAUAGUACAUCGGGAUAUCAGAGACUCUCGCUGAUAUUGAUUCAUAGAUUCAUGGCAAUGUGUGUAUCACAGAAGACUUUAUCGGCAUCCUCGUGGAGGAUUCAGUGAUUAUGUGACGAACUUGAAUCUACGUGACAAAUAAUGGCGAAGGCGAUUAAAGCUGCAUGUGAGUAAAUGAUCCUCCUUGGUCUAUUUUGUGUGGAUUCAGUACACUCGCAAAUAUGUGGUGACAACUGCCUCGGCUGCCAUCACGGUGGGUGUACUGAGUGUAUCUACGGGUGGUACGGCACUGACUGUACAGAGGAGUGUCAAGGAUGCUGGUACGACAAAUGUGAACAGGAAGAUGGAAGAUGUGUACAGUGCCCACCUGGAUAUCACUCAAAUGAUUGUGAUGUACGAUGUUCACUAAACUGUCAUGCUAGUUACGAUGGGAACAGGUACUGUGACCGUGACACAGGGAGGUGCCUAGAGGGGUGUGUCCUUGGGCGGUGGGGACAUCAGUGUGACAAAGUCUGCGCUAGAAACUGUGGGCAGUCCUCGUGUCACCAGGAUGUAGGAACAUGUCUUCUUGGUUGCAUCGAUGGAUGGUUCGGCCAGUUGUGUGAUACUCCAUGUCCAGAAAACUGUUUGGAGAAUAGGUGCAACCAAUUACGUGGAUAUUGUGGCCACUGCAACCCUGCGUUUAGUGGGAGAACGUGUAACAUUCCGUGUACAAACUGCAUUGACAAUGUAUGUACAUACAAUGAAUUUCUAUCAUCUGUUAACUGUACCAAAGGAUGCAUCAAAGGAUGGAGAAACGAGGACUGCCUGACGCGAUGCAGCAACACAUGUGCAGACGAGAGAUGCAACAAGGAUGGCAGCUGCAAGACAUGUAGGAAUGGUUACAGUGGUGCCAAGUGUACUGAGAGAUGCGAAGAUGAAUGUUUACUAUGUGAACAGAAAUCCGGAUUAUGCACAAAAUGGAGGGAGACAAUAGACAUUGAUGAAACCAACGAUGGACAAAAUAGCAUAUCACAAGGUUGUGUGACGAGAUCCCAAAGUCUCUGGGCGUUGCUGUUGGUGACUAUAUGCUGCGUGUUCCAUUAGCAUACGUGUUAACAUGGGAGAAACGGUGAAAGAUGAUGAAAUGGUGCUCUGAAUACUUCAACUAUUUAGUCGCCCUUCUCUUACUACACGACCAUAGCGGGUUCAUGGGUGGUUGAGAACAAUACGUAUAUGAUGCCAUCCAGUGCCCUUUGCGUCAAAGAUGAAUAAGAUCAGUUCUAAACAAUAGACUGACUUCGGUGAAUUUUCUCUGUAGGCUUGACAAACGUUUCUCUCCAUAUUUCUGUUUACUCCUUUAUGCGGACGACAUCGAACUACUACUACUAGGACGAGGACCUACAGUUUAUGCUGGCCAAGGGAAUGAAAUUCAUUUUAGUGAGAAGAAAUGGCAAGUGAUACAUUAAAAACACCCAGUGUAGUUUUAUCAGA